UCCCCCAUGAAGUUGCUUAUAGAUAUAUUAUACAUAAACCUUACAAUUUCAUAUAAAUACAGUCACGUUUUUAAGAUUUUUAGUGCUUUCAAACUACCCGAAUGAUGUGUAAAUUCGUAUCAGUAUAAAAAGAGAUCUGGCAACACGGUCGAGAAGUUUCCCUGGGUGUUAGCUAAACAGCAUCACGACCUUUGAAGUGGCUAACCCAGGUCGAAUGAAUGAAGUCCGGACACAGGUUUUAGCAUGUCAAAUUUUGCCAUGAGUGCCCUGUGCCGUAUUUUAACUAGAGGAGUGUAUUGCAGCCCGUCGUCAUGUUUAUCCGUAACGGGACUUCGGCAUUUUUGCAGCGGAGUCUCGACCGCGGAGCGAGCCGCCAGCCCUGUAAGUUUGACCUAUGAUGUGUUUGAUGGGAAAGGAGACAGCACGCCACUGGUGUUUCUUCAUGGCUUAUUUGGGAGCAAAUCAAACUUUCACUCCAUAGCCAAGUCCCUGGUUCAGCGGACCGACAGGAAGGUGCUGACAGUAGACGCUCGCAACCAUGGCAAAAGCCCACACAGUCCUGUCUUGACCUACGAAGCAAUGACUGACGAUCUGACGCAUCUGCUUGGACAGCUGCACAUUGGGAAGUGUGUCCUGAUUGGACACAGCAUGGGUGGCAAGGUUGCAAUGACAACAGCUUUGUCACAGCCUAGUUUAGUGGAACGUUUGGUGGUUGUGGACAUUAGUCCCUCUCUGACUUCAGUCCAGAGCAGUUUCUGUGCCUAUAUUCAGGCAAUGAAAGAGGUGAAGAUAGCCAGUAAUAUUCCACGCUCCACAGCACGAAGACUGGCUGAAGACCAGCUCAGGAAGAUAGUUAAGGAGCGUUCAGUGCGUCAGUUCCUCCUCACUAACCUGGAGGAGCAAAAUGGUCACUAUGGCUGGAGGGUUAACAUGGAAGCCAUCUCAAACCAUCUAGAGGACAUCAUGGGUUUUCCUGAUUUUAAUAACACCUAUGAGGGUCCAACUCUUUUCUUGGGUGGCAGUAGUUCAGCCUAUAUAAGCUCGGAAGAUUAUCCUGAAAUCCAGAGGCUUUUUCCUUGUGCUGAUAUCCAGUACAUCCCAGAUGCCAGUCACUGGAUUCAUGCUGACAAGCCUUUGGAUUUCAUCAGCUCCAUAAUAACCUUCUUACACUCAUAAUUCUUGUCUCAGGAGAGGAUACGUACAGGUGGGCCCAAUCGUAAAGGGACAGUGAGUGAAUUGGAAGGGUAUGGACCAAGAUUACUUUUACUGAGUUAAAUCUAGUCCUUAUAAUGCACAACUGAAUCGUUACAUAAUUCCUGAUAGUUAGUCUAUUCAUUUUUUUUUUGAUGUGGUAUUUGCACUGUGGCUUAACAUAGUAACCUAAAUGCGAUUCUAUCAAGAGAAUAUAUGACUUUCAGUCAAGGACACUUGUAUGUAGCUCUCAAGUAUAACAUUUUACAAAACAGUGGAUCCAGUGGCUUUAAAAAGCAAAUUACUUUACCUUCAUUAUAUUUAGUUUAAUAUAAUAUUUAAUUAUAUAUAUAUAUUAUUUCAAAUUUUCUUUCAAUAGGUAAAUUAUAAUUGGACUAGAUUUACAUUUUUUUUUUUUUUAAUAUACUGACUUUUUUUAAGCAUACUGUUGACAUGGACACCCUUUUGCUGCUCUCUGUUAAGAAAUACAAAGAUGUGUAUGCAACAGUGUGUGAUUUAUUUAACUGUUUCAAGCUGAAAGCGUCUCUCACAGACUCAUUGAUGACACUUUGAUGUGCAGCCGUGUGUUUGAAUUUUUACUCUUUUUCUAGAAACAGAAAAUUUAAUUAUUUGUGAAAUGUUUUAAUCAGUGCUAUAGGGCAUAAUAGAUUAGCUUUCUUUGUUGUUUAAAAACUGUUGAGCCUGUGUUAUAAGUUAGGUGUUUUAUUAAAACAGUUUUGUACGGCUUUACAACAAACAAAGAUGCUGCAAUGUAACCAAGACACCUUUCAGAGCACCAAGAGUUAUGAUGUCAGGUACUGUACUACAUUUCUGUUUUCUAGAAAUCUUUCUCUUUUUUGGCCCUGGGUCCAUUUCUUUCAAGCCCCUUGUUCUGUGUUUUAAAACUAGUUCAAUGUAUUUAGCGAAUAAUCAAUAAGCAGAUCAAAUAUAUAAGCAUGUGAUUAAAAUACCUGUUUUGGUGCUUGUUCGACUAUUAGAUGCCGCACAGUUGAACUUUAUGUAACAUUUACAGGUAUGUUAGUGUAAUUUAUUACAGAGAGAACAAUGAGCCUACCUCUGCACAUUGGUCUUGUUAGGUUUAUCAGUUAUUAGUAUGUUUGCCACUGUUAUGGAUAGUUAUUGACGUACCAAAGCAGGGGUUUAUGGAAAGAUUUUCCUUGACCAGUUGUGUGUUGCACACAUUUAAGAAUAAAUGUAAAUGUACUGUUUUUGUCAGUCUUUAGUAUGAAAUCUGCUGUUAUAAGGGGAUAUUUUUGUUCAUUGUGAAAGUGUCGAUGUUUGUAAAUGAUGAGUAUUUUAUAUAUUCAUAUAAAGGCCUGGUUAUACAAAUGUAUACUAUAUUAAAUAUAUAUAUAUUUAUUACUACAAUAUUGUAAUGAUUGAUAAAUCAAGAAAUAUGCUGCAAAAUUACACAUCCUUAAUGUCAGUGUGUGUGCUCUCAUGUCAAGUAAUAAUUGUAUUGAAUGUGUAUGGUGGAACACUAGAAUCAUAGUAGUGCCAUUGCUUGUUAUGUCUGUCCAGAUACAGUUUUUUGUGUAUUUGUGUUUACAUGGAACUGUAUCUUUCAGAAUUAACUGAAGUUUACUGCCAGUGAUUAUCAGCAGUGCUAGUUCGAUGUCUUUUGCAAGUAAACCAGCUAACAGGAAACAUUCUCAGAACGUUGGCGUUCAAACAUUCUUAGAAAAUUCCAGUAACUACUAAAAUGCUCAUUCAGAGUUAUUUGGUCUUUAAUGAUGUUCUCAAAACAUCAACACAAAAACAUCCUUCAAGGAGUGUAUUUUCUGAAGCAUUUUAGUUUUUAUAUGUUACUACUUGUUUCUGAAUUUUCAGAGAACAUUCAAAAGUAACUAGUUUCCAAAAUGAUAAAACAGAAUGUUUGCUUAAUUGAUUGUUUUGAACAUUUAGAGAACUUUCAGAAUGUUACUUAAUGUUAUUAUUAGCAAAACAUUCUUAGAACAUUUUUCUGUUACUUUAUUCUGCUACAUAUAAAGGUCUUUAUUGAUUCUGUGAAAACAUUUUUUUUUUUAUUCUGCCUGAACUUUUAGCAGUUCAGUGGACUGUUUCAUAAGGCUAGAUUAACAGAUCUCAAAAAUGAACUUUAAAAAUACAGUGUAUUUUCAUAUUUAAUCCCUCAUUCUUCCUUAUGAAAAAGCCCUUUGAUUUGAAGAAUGUACAUGUAUGCAGUACUAAAGAGAUGAAUCAGUUGAGAACGUAAUGCGCAGACAUUUAUGAUUUUUAACAUUUAACAAUAUAGUAUCUGCUCAGCUUAUUCACAAAGUACAAUGAAAUGAAUAUAUAGAUUUUGGAUUUGUUAUCUUGGCAAUCACAGUACUUGAUAUAUUUUCACUGUAUGUAAUUAGAGAGUCAGACCUAUUCUUGUGGCUUUAUGCAGUAUUGUUUGUUUUAAAGUGGAGGUAACUAAAUGUAUUGUUACUAAUUGAUACACAGUGAUACUGGCUCUUUGUUUUAUUGAUCUGAUGUCAUGGAAGAGUGUGUGGUCAUUCAGACAGUAACAGUAGGAGUCAGUGUUGAGCAGUUUGUAUGGGUAUAUUGCAUUUGCAUGUUAGAGUGUAUCUGUGUGCAGAUUUGUUACUACUCAAUAAAUGUAAAGUCUUCAA